AUGCCGCCGGCCCGCCGCUUCUUCCUGCUCUUCCUCCUCCUCCUGCUGCCGCUGCACCGUCGCUGGGCGCUGGCCGCCGCAGGGCUGGAGUACAGCGAGGUGCUGCCCGACUCCUUCCCGUCGGCGCCGGCAGAGACGCUGCCCCACUUCUUGCGGGAGCCGCAGGAUGCCUACAUCGUCAAGAACAAGCCUGUGGAGCUGGUCUGUAGGGCCAACCCUGCCACUCAAAUCUACUUCAAGUGCAACGGGGAGUGGGUAAACCAGAACGACCACGUCACCACUGAGAGCCUAGAUGAGGUCACAGGGCUGCUGGUGCGGGAGGUGCAGAUCGAGGUGUCCCGGCAGCAGGUGGAGGAGCUCUUUGGCUUGGAGGAUUACUGGUGCCAGUGCGUGGCCUGGAGCUCCGCGGGCACCACGAAGAGCCGCAGGGCGUACGUCCGCAUCGCGUACCUGCGGAAGAACUUUGACCAGGAGCCACUGGGCAAGGAAGUGCCACUGGAGCAGGAGGUGCUGCUGCAGUGCCGGCCACCCGAGGGGGUGCCACAGGCAGAGGUGGAGUGGCUAAGGAAUGAGGAUGUCAUUGAUCCCACCCAGGACACCAACUUUCUCAUCACCAUCGAUCACAACCUCAUCAUCAAGCAGGCCCGGCUCUUGGACACUGCUAAUUACACCUGCAUGGCCAAGAACAUCGUAGCCAAGCGCCGGAGCACCACAGCUGCUGUUAUUGUCUACGUGAAUGGUGGCUGGUCCACCUGGUCCGAGUGGUCUCCUUGCAACAACCGCUGUGGCCGGGGCUGGCAGAAGCGCACCCGGACGUGCACCAACCCCGCCCCACUCAAUGGAGGCUCCUUCUGCGAUGGGCAGCCCUUCCAGAAAAUAACCUGCACCACGCUCUGCCCAGUGGAUGGCGCAUGGACGGAGUGGAGCAAGUGGUCAGCAUGCAGCACUGAGUGCACCCACUGGCGCAGCCGCGAGUGCUCUGCGCCAGCUCCGCGCAACGGUGGCAAGGAUUGCAGCGGUGGGCUGCUCGACUCCAAGAACUGCACCGACGGGCUCUGCCUGCACAAUAAAAGAGUUCUAAGCGAACCCAAAAGCCACCUGCUGGAGGCCACGGGUGAUGUAGCCCUGUAUGCUGGACUGGUGGUGGCCAUUUUCGUCUUCAUUGUCAUCCUCAUGGCUGUGGGGGUGGUGGUGUAUCGGAGGAGGUGCCGGGACUUUGACACCGACAUCACAGACUCAUCAGCUGCCCUGACUGGAGGCUUCCACCCAGUCAACUUCAAGACUGCCCGGCACGACAACCCCCAGUUACUGCACCCCUCCAUGCAGCCGGACCUGACGGCCAACGCAGGAGUGUACCGGGGCCCCAUGUACGCCCUGCAGGACUCCUCCGACAAGAUCCCCAUGACCAACUCCCCCUUGCUCGACCCACUCCCCAACCUCAAGAUCAAGGUCUACAACUCCUCCACCACCUCCUCUUCGCCUGGGCUGCACGAUGGGACAGAUUUGCUGGGGGGAGUUCCUGCUGCCGGCACCUUCCCAGGGGACAGUGGCAGCCAAUUUGUGAACAUGCGGAGCAAAGCCCAGCAGGGCUCCCAGCACCUCCUUAGUCUGCCUCGGGAACAUGGCACCAGUGCCAGUGGGACUUUCAGCUACCUGGGGGGAAGGCUAACCAUCCCCGGCACUGGGGUGAGCCUGCUGGUACCACAUGGAGCCAUCCCGCAGGGAAAGUUCUACGAAAUGUACCUGGUCAUCAACAAGGCAGAGAGCAGCCUCUUGCCCUCCGAGGGCACGCAGACGGUGCUGAGCCCGGCGGUGACCUGCGGACCCACCGGCCUGCUGCUGUGCCGCCCUGUUGUCCUCACCAUUCCUCACUGUGCGGAUGUCAGCUCCUCGGACUGGAUCUUCCAGCUGAAAACACAGUCUCACCAGGGGAACUGGGAGGAAGUGGUGACCCUGGAUGAGGAGACCCUCAAUACCCCCUGCUACUGCCAGCUGGAAGCCAAGUCCUGCCACGUCCUGCUAGACCAGCUGGGUACCUACGUUUUUGUGGGCGAGUCCUACUCCAGGUCGGCAAUCAAGAGGCUUCAGUUGGCCAUCUUUGCCCCUGCCAUCUGCACCUCCCUGGAGUACAGCCUUAAGGUCUACUGCCUGGAGGACACGCCAGAUGCACUGAAGGAGGUGCUGGAGCUGGAACGGACUCUGGGCGGUUACCUGCUGGAGGAGCCCAAGCCCCUGCCCUUCAAGGACAGCUACCACAACCUGCGUCUCUCCAUCCACGACAUCCCCCACUCAUUGUGGAGAAGCAAGCUGCUGGCCAAGUACCAGGAAAUCCCCUUCUACCACAUCUGGAGCGGCAGCCAGCGAGCCCUGCACUGCACUUUCACACUGGAGAGGUACAGCCAGGCCUCCACCGAGCUCACCUGCAAGAUUUGCGUCCGGCAGGUGGAAGGGGAAGGGCAGAUCUUCCAACUCCAUGUCACGCUGGGAGAGCAUGCCAACUCCUUCAACACCCUCCACUCACACAGCAGCAGUGCCCCCACCACUCAGCUGGGACCCUACGCCUUCAAAAUCCCCCUCUCCAUUCGGCAGAAGAUCUGCAACAGCCUGGAUGCUCCCAACUCCAGGGGGAAUGACUGGAGGCUUCUCGCCCAGAAACUUUCCAUGGACCGGUAUCUGAACUACUUUGCCACCAAAGCCAGCCCCACUGGGGUGAUCCUGGACUUAUGGGAAGCCGAGCACCAAGACGAUGGCGAUCUCAACACCUUGGCCAGUGCCUUAGAAGAGAUGGGCAAGAGCGAGAUGCUGGUGGUCAUGGCCACAGAGGGUGACUGCUGAUGGUGCUCCCUUCAGGGGGAUGGCGAAGGGGGACCUUCCCCACCACCUGUCCCUGCACGGGGGCUGAAUGAGGAAGGGCCGAGGGCCCCGCUUCUCCCUCCCCACGUCACUGUCAGCCUUACGGACCGAUCCUCAGCGUUUACAAGCAAUUCAAGUGUUACACGGCCUUCCUCCUCCUCUCGGGUGGCAUUGGUGAUGCUGGAGGAACUGGGGCUUCUCGAGCCGAGGCAGUGGGGGCUUUCCUUCUCCUUUGGGUUCCUUCCCAUCUGGUUCUCCUCCUCCUUUGAUAGCGUUUCUGCAUUGAAGAGAUGAGUACAACCUAGGCAAGCAGCUUAUUUCUGUCAAAGGCUUCAGACAGCUUCAUAAGGCAUGUAGGAAAGGAAGAAAAAAGGAAAAAAAA